GAGAGAGAGAGGAGAGAGAGAGAGAGACGAGAGAGAGAGAGAGAGAGAGAGAGAGAGGAAGGAGAGAAAAUGAGAGAUGAAGAUGAUUCUGAUCCGAAAGAGGCCCAGGGAAUGGACGAAGUUUUAUGGAAUGGAGAGAUAGAGAGAGAGAGAGAGAGAGAGAGAGAGAGAGAGAGAGAGAGAGAGAGAGAGAGAAAUUACGAAAACCCGAAACCGCAUGAAACCCCAGACUUCGAAACCCUGAAACUCUAUGAAACCCCGCGUUUUCGAAACCCCAAAUCACGAAAAAUUCGAAACCCUAUGAAACCCCGAGACUUCGAAACCCCAAAAAAAUUCGAAACCACAAAACAUAAAACCCCGAGAUUUCGAAACCCCGAAACUCGAAACUCCAUGAAACACCAAGACUUCGAAACCCCCGAAAAUUCGAAACUCCAUGAAACGCCGAGACAGAGAACGAAGCAAAACGGGACGAAACGGAGUGAAAAUCCGGAAGCAUAUUCUGGCUUCGCUGGGAGACCACGCUCGUUUCUGAAGACUUUUAUCGUUAAGUCCAUCUUCCUUAAUCUCUCGGUGACUUUCCCCGCGUUUAGUUAUGCACUGAGGAACUGCAUUAAUAUCUGCGAAGAAUUGUCCCCUGUGGUUUUGUAUGGUGAUUAUGUGUUGUUCCACCUAAUGUCCUCCCCCUCCUCCUCCUCCUCCUCCUCCUUUUCCUCCCCCUCCUCCUCCUCCGUACCGGACCAUCGAUUGAACUCAACCACCAACAUAGUCUCUAGUCACGUCUUUGAUCCCUAA